CUGUUGUUGAUAGUCGUUAGUUUGGGUUCCGUAGCCAUUUUGGCUCAAGCUGUUUGGGCUGAAGGGCUCAAGCCGAGAGGAGAUCGAGAUCCUUGAAUUUCCCCUUCAAUUUUCCCGCGUUGGUAUCAAUAACUAGCAAAUAGUAAUGGUUGGCUUGCGCUCAGACAUUGCUUGUCUACUCCAGAUUCGUAUCCAGGUAUUGGCGGUGGCGUCGUGGAACUCCACAGACAUGACGUACAAGAAGAGCGCCGACAUGAAGGAGCAGGCCCAGAAGCUGAAAGACUUGAACGAUGUCAAGACGAAGGCCGGCUACAUCGACUCCCUGCUGAAAGGCAACCAAACAAUCUUGCAGAUUUCGAACUACCAGCUGAAUUCCCCGCCGAAGUGCGGCACCGACACUGGCGGAUCGUGCUGGAUCAUCCCUUGCCGGUCGCGCCACGCCACCUGCAGCAGCGAUUCCAAGUGCGUCUGUUCUGCCGGGACAUGCGCCCAGCACGGCGUCUGCGUGCAGCGCCUCUCUCCGCUCCUCCUCCUCGCGAGCCCGUCCGCAGAGCCGCCCGCCCAGCCCGCAGCUGCCGGCCUCGUCCUCUUGUCGGCGGCCGCCCUGGCGGCCACCGCCCUCCUGGCGGCGCGUCGGCGCCACACGCCAGAGGUCCACCUGCCCGUGGACGUCCUCGGCUGAGCUUGCCCCGCCGUGAGGCUCGAGGUAGCCUUGGCCCUCCUGGCGUACGCCUUUGCGGCUAGUGUCACAGUUCUGGCCCGAGGCAAGUGCUUAUUCAUCGUAGACAGACUGCAGCCCUGCGCCAGCAUGUGGUCGCUCAUUUGGGUCAUGGCCUCCGCGUCACUUUCCAAGAGCGG